UUUCUUCUACUUACCGUUUGUUACUUUCUCAACUAGCUAUAAAUUGAUCUAGGUGAGAGUGUGGUAUAUACAUAACCAGCAAUGGAGAAGGCACGAUUGGGGUUUUUCUUCAUGUUGCUCAUUCUCCUUGCUUCUCAGAUGAUGGUUCAAACGGAGGGAAGACACUGUGAAUCAAAGAGCCAUCGAUUUAAGGGGAUGUGCGUCAGCCACCAAAACUGUGCUUCGGUUUGCCAUGUCGAAGGCUUCACUGGUGGCCACUGUCGCGGAUUUCGUAGACGCUGUUUCUGCACCAGGCACUGUUAGUUGCUUCACGCUGUUUCAUCUCUCGUUGCUCUUUCACGUUCGUGUUUCUGGGAUUUAGAAAUAAUAACUACGCCAUAACCAGUUAUGUUUGUCUAGGUUCAGUUGGGUUGGUUUCAUGUGUAUUGGUUUGGUUUGGUUUGUCAUGUUGCUGCUUUAGCGUUGUAUGUUCAGUUUCGUGGCACCAAAAGAAGUGAAAUUACACUUUCUUUCUUGUAAUAUUGUUGCUGCUUCUGGUGCUAGCUCUCGUGCGACAAUUUUCAGGGCAAAUAAUCUAUGACUAUUUUGUUCUUGAAGA